UAAAGAGGGUCAGUCAAGGUUAAUGGAUAGGAGAGCCAGGAACCGGUCGUUCGUCAAGAUUGUCUCUUCUCCUAACACAUACACUCUGCUUUUCCCUUCUGUUUUGAAUUGCAGGAACGUUGCUUGGACUGUAACGUGUAUACGGUUGGGCUCUCUUCUCUAUGGGUUUCAGAAAUUCUUGGGUCUGAGCCCAUGAUAGCAUGCUCGUCUACACCAAAUUUGUGUCGAAGCUCAUGAAACUGUUUUCUUGUUGAAGGGGUGAGAUACAAUACAAAAGGAAGGGACGUUGUUGUAGUCAGACGACGAAGCAAAACUCUAUCAUUCUUCCAUUUACCUUUUCUCAAUUCUUGACCUUUUCUCAAUUCUUGACUCCAAGAAAAAAAAAAGAGAGAAACCAAGAGAAUCAAAUUCAUCUCUUUUAACGUUAUGGCGAGUGAAAGAGAUGGCAUCAAGUACGAAGAGAGUUUCAUAAAGAACACUCGAGGAUUGAAGUUGUUCACGUGCAAAUGGUUACCAACAAACCAAGAGCCGAGGGCUAUAGUUUUCCUUUGCCAUGGAUACGGCAUGGAAUGCAGCAUCUCCAUGAACAGUACUGCGAGGAGGCUUGUGAAGGCUGGAUUUGGGGUAUAUGGAAUGGAUUAUGAAGGACAUGGCAAAUCCGAUGGCCUUAGGGGUUACAUCCCAAACUUUGACCACCUCGUUGAUGAUGUCUCAACUCAUUAUACAACUAUUUGCGAGAGAGAAGAGAACAAAGGGAAGAUGAGGUUCAUGUUAGGAGAGUCAAUGGGAGGAGCAGUGGUUUUGUUGCUAGGCAGGAAGAAACCUGAGUUUUGGGAUGGAGCUCUCUUGGUUGCUCCAAUGUGUAAGAUUGCAGAAGAAAUGAAGCCAAGUCCUUUUGUUAUUUCGAUAUUAACCAAGCUUAUCUCCGUUAUACCCAAAUGGAAAAUUAUCCCUACUCAAGAUAUCAUUGAUAUUUCAUAUAAAGAGCCAGAAAUAAGAAAACAGGUUAGAGAAAAUCCUUUAUGUUACAAAGGACGACCACGCUUGAAAACUGCGUAUGAGCUCUUACGGAUCAGCAACGACUUGGAGAAGAGACUUCAAGAGGUUUCAUUGCCUUUUAUGGUAUUGCAUGGAGAUGAUGACAAAGUAACAGAUAAAGCAGUGAGCCAAGAAUUGUACAAGGUUGCAUUGAGCUCUGACAAGACCUUAAAGUUGUAUUCUGGGAUGUGGCACAGUUUGCUCAAUGGCGAGACACAAGAUAAUAUUGAGAUUGUGUUUGCUGACGUUAUUGGAUGGUUGGAAAAAAAAACUGAAUAUGGAAAUGAUAGGUCUGAGUCGGAGGUUAAAUAUAACAAUGAUGGUUUUCAUUUUAAGGAAUAGUGGUUUAACUUACUGCAAUAUUGUUUGACACAUGAAAUUGUUGUAGUGAAGUUCUGGUGUUUUGCAUUAUUUUUUUGAUGCUGCCAUUGUGAAUAUACAUAUAAUGUUUUAAAUUUCAGUGAGAGAUUACGUGAAACAAAUGAUAUUUUUUAAAGAA